AAGCGCGAGGGCGGGGCUAAGCGCGCAGCGUCUGGGUACUGACUGACCGCUCGGCGCCAUGGCCGCGGACGCGCGCGCCAAGGCCGUCACUCUGGACCUGAGACGUCGGCUGCUCAGCUCUUCCUGCAGACUCUUUUUUCCUGAGGACCCUGUUAAGAUUAUCCGAGGCCAAGGGCAGUACCUGUACGAUGAGCAAGGGCGAGAGUACCUGGACUGUAUCAACAACGUGGCUCAUGUCGGGCACUGCCACCCUACUGUGGUCCAAGCUGCACAUGAACAGAACCUGGUGCUCAACACCAACAGCAGAUAUCUGCACGACAACAUCGUGGACUAUGCCCAGAGGCUGUCAGAGACCCUGCCGGACAAGCUUUCUGUGUUUUAUUUCCUGAAUUCUGGGUCAGAAGCCAACGACCUGGCCUUGAGACUAGCUCGACAGUACACAGGACACCAGGAUGUGGUGGUAUUAGACCAUGCUUACCACGGCCACCUGAGCUCCUUGAUUGACAUCAGUCCCUACAAGUUCCGGAAUCUGGAUGGCCAGAAGGAAUGGGUCCAUGUGGCUCCUCUCCCAGACACCUACCGGGGCCCUUACCGGGAAGACCACCCCAAUCCAGCAGAGGCCUACGCCAGUGAGGUAAAGCAUGUCAUCAGCAGUGCACAGGAGAAGGGCAGGAAGAUCGCAGCCUUCUUCGCUGAGUCUCUGCCCAGUGUGAGUGGACAGAUCAUUCCCCCUGCUGGCUACUUCUCCCAAGUGGCAGAGCACAUACGCAGAGCUGGAGGGCUCUUUGUGGCAGAUGAGAUCCAGGUUGGUUUCGGCCGAGUAGGCAAGCACUUUUGGGCCUUCCAGCUGGAGGGAGAAGACUUUGUCCCCGACAUUGUCACCAUGGGCAAAUCCAUCGGCAAUGGUCACCCUGUUGCCUGCAUGGCCACUACCCAAGCUGUGUCAAGGGCAUUUGAAGCUACCGGUGUAGAAUACUUCAACACGUUUGGUGGCAACCCCGUAUCCUGUGCUGUGGGGCUAGCAGUCCUAGAUGUCUUGAAAACAGAACAGCUCCAGGCUCAUGCCACUACUGUGGGCAGUUUCCUUAUGGAGCAUCUCAGGCUGCAGAAAGCCAAGCAUCCUAUCAUUGGAGAUGUCAGGGGCACUGGACUCUUCAUUGGUGUGGAUCUGAUCAAAGAUGAGACCCUGAGGACACCAGCAACUGAAGAGGCAGAAUAUUUGGUCUCCAGGCUAAAGGAAAACUACAUUUUACUGAGCACUGAUGGCCCUGGGAAAAAUAUCCUCAAGUUCAAGCCCCCAAUGUGCUUCAGCCUUGACAAUGCACAGCAUGUGGUAGCAAAGCUGGAUGACAUUCUAACAGACAUGGAAGAAAAAGUAAGAAGUUGUGAAACAUUGAGGAUCAAGCACCCUCCAGAAGAUACUCGUCUUACUCAAAUACUAACAGGACAGCACAAUGACACCCACCUUACAGAUACAACAAGUGUGUGAGGCUUCGUUGGAAGACAUACUGCCUGCUACUCUCUAAGCAUUAGUUAAUUAUUGAGAUAGGCUUUAUUUCUAAAUCCAAACAAGACCCAGUCAGACUUUUUUUAUGCCUGAAAACUUCGAGUGUACAUGCUUCAAAGAAUUGGUAUGUUUUUUUUUAAGACAGUCCUGACACACUCCCAUUUAAAAAAAAAAGGGGGGGGGGUUAAAAAAAAUGAGCUGGACAUAGCACAUGUCUUUAAUCUCAUCUCACUGGGAGCUAGAAACAGGCAGAACUCUUCAAGCGGAGGGCACCCAGGGCAUCGGAGUGAUCUCUCAAAAGGGGGUAGGAAGAUAAACUUUGUCUCCCUAUCAAGCUAUGCUUUCUAUUUUAUCUGAAUUAAAGACACUAAAUAAUGAGUAUUUACUUCUAAGGUCC